UUGUAGCUGUAGUAACCACCAGUAACAUCGGUUCCUACUUUUUUUUUUAAUCCAUGACGGGCCUUCGCGGAUCUAUCCGCCUAUCCAUACCCCGUGAUCACCAAAACAACACAACAAAGUGGGGGAAAGAUGGCGAGCGGAGAGGAGGCUAGAUGCCCCUCUGUUUCUUCCGUACUCGAGGACCUGUUCCCUGCCGGAGGAUCAGAGCAAGUAUGCAGUGAUGGGAACCCUGAGCUCGUGCAACUGCGGGAGCGUCUUCAAGGCUGGCUAUCGCAAUAUGAGCCUUUGCUGUUAUGGAUGCAGAGGCUGCUUGUUUGGGAAAGGCCGCUCUACAGCAUCUUUGUUGCUCUCACGCUGAACACCUUGUUCUGGCUUCUGUCUUCGACGUCCCUGCGUCCUCUCUUCCUCCUGAGUCUUUCCAUUCUAGGGCUCAUGCAGCUGGAGAGAUGGAAGCAUAAGUUACCUCUUACAACAGUUCAGUAUCCUGAGGCCAACCCAAUGGAAAGAGAGACCAUGAAUGUGCAACCCCGGCUCCUCAGUAUUCCAGAGCUCAGCCACCACCUGGUGGAGAGCUACCUCUACUGCUGCCUCUUCGUCCAGGAGAUGCUGCAGUACAAAAGGCAGAACCAUGGAAAGUUCUGUGCCAUGAUGUGCUCUGGCUGUUCUGUGCUCGCCGUGGUGGGACACUACGUACCAGGAAUCAUGAUAUCCUAUAUCAUCGCGCUGAGUGUGUUGGUGUGGCCUCUGGUGGUGUACCACGAGCUUAUCCAACGGAUGUACACAGGCCUGGAGCCCAUUCUGAUGAAACUGGACUACAGCAUGAAGGGAGACACGCAGCACCGCAAGCACGAUAAGAGGAAGGUGAAGAAGGAGGUGGAGGAAGGGGAUGAGCCCAGGGCUGAGACAGAGAGCGAGAGUGAGGAGGAGCUGUCCUGCUUUGCCCCCCUGGUGGAUGCAAAGACCACAGCCCUGGCUAUGGCCAUCACCGACUCAGAGCUGUCUGACGAGGAAGCAUCCAUUUUGGAGAGUGGGGGGUUCUCCGUAUCCAGAGCUACCACCCCACAGCUCACAGACGUCUCUGAAGACCCGGACCAGCAGAGUGUGCACAAUGACCCAGAGGAGGCCUUCUUAAGGGACCGAUCUGAAUUCCCCUCGGUUGACGAGUUUCCCAUCGAGCACAGCCUCCUCCACUUUCCGUUGCGGGGCCCCGGUCAGGGCCAAGGGGACGGGGCUACGGCUGGGGGAAUACGGCCCUCGGAGGGGGGGGAGCCCAUGAGCCCGGCCAGCCUCCUCAUCCAGCACCUGGCCUCCCCACUCCACUUUGUCAACACACACUUCAACGGACGUGGAAGGCCACCAGGUGGGGACCAGGGACCACUGCUGAGUGCUGGGACAGCGGAGGAGGUGGUGCAUGGGGGGGAAGUGGAGACCCAGGCCCCGAGGCAGUCACUGGAAGCCCUGAGUGAGGAGAUUGUGAACACGGCAAUCUCCACAGUGGUGCAGAACACUCUGUCGGCCAUGCUACGCUCCACCGAGGACAGCAAGGUCCCCUCAAUCGCAGAUUUCCUGCCCACCGACACGCCCCCUAGUACCCUGGAAAGUCCCCAUGUCGCCGAGGCAGAAAAGGACCAGGAUGAGGUCGCUGUGGAGACCGAGGAGAGGAGUGCUGAGGAGAUGCCGGAUGACAUGUUUGUACCGACCGAGGAUGAGGACUUUGAGCUUCUGGACCAAAGUGAACUGGAGGAGAUGGACGAGGACCUGCUGGGUCUUCUCAGUCCUGAUGGACAGGGGAUAGUGGGAGUGGCCACUCCCACAGACACACCCCCAUCUCCAACGCACCAACCAGAGUCCUUCUAGCGUCCUCAUCACCGCUCAUACCCUACUGUUUUGUUUUAUGUAGAAUAACAUUAUACAGAUAUAUAUGUACACUUAUCAAAGUGUCUGUGGUUAGUGGCAGUUGGUUAGUGAUUGAGAUCACUGUGGUUGAUUCUGCCUUCACACUAUCACUGUGGAUGAGUCCCGAAUGGGACCCUUCCCUUUACAGUGCUCUACUUUUUUACCAGGGCCCAUAGGGCUCUGGUCAAAAGUAGUGCAUUAUAGCUAGAAUAGGGUGCCAUUUGGGAUGAAACUUGUGUUUCUCGAGGCUUGGGCUUGAUGGCACCUGUGUUUGACAGGGUUGUAUUGCUUUUAACCAAGGGAACAAGCCAUUUGAGUUUUGGGAACUACUAGUAAUGUGUUUGGGUGGCAGGAGGAAGGGUUUGGAGCCUUGUCCCAAAUCUGUUUGUGCUGUAUGUUGUAAUGCUAAAUGCAGUUUGGUAUAUUACAGCACAAUCUGCAAUGGGACCAGGCUAUAGGGACCAGAUCUACAACCACCCUUCUCAAAGGAAAUUAUUAACAUAUUAUAUGUGGAUGGAUUCUUUGAGAGAAAGAAAAGGUUUUUGUUUUGAUUAUAUUAAUAUAUAUGAUAUAAACUAUUUAUUGCCGUCAUGCGGGAAUUUUAAACUAAUAAAGAUUCUCUAUGGUCAGUAACCCAAGUCGA